CGCACGACGAACGAAGAGGUCAGCGCUCCUUCCUUGGAUAUCGUCACAUUUUUUAUGGAAACUCUCUGCCUCUCUGGGCUUGAAGUAUCGUUCGUCCUGAGCGAAGUGGUCCAAUGCCAACGAGGCGCAGAGAGCAGGUCCCUGCUGCUGCCCGACCACAGCAGCAGCAGCAGUCGGCGCAGCAGCACCAGCAGCAACAGGAGGAGAUGGUGACGACGAGGCGGCUGCUCAGGCUGCGAGGUUUCGGCUGUGGGGGAUCCUGGUGCAAGCCUCCGGUGCUGUCCCCGGACACCGCCGCCGCGAACUCGAGGGUGUCCGCCCUGGCGACCGACAUGCUGGAGAGGGGCUGGGUCACGCGAGACGAGUACCAACAGCUCCUGCAUGGCGAUCGGUUGUUCUCUCUCCACAAGUCCGAGAUGGAGGAGCAGGAACGACAGCGGCGGCGGCGACUGCGAAAUAAGAUAGGGCUCCGUCGGAAAUUGUGGAAGCAGACGCGCAUCGGCGUCGUAAGGCGCGCGCGCGCGCGGAAGGCCGAAAAGGUAUGGGUCAAAUCAACCCAGCGUGCGCCCCCCCUCCCCUCACCCCAUACCCCUCCGAAUGUGCAAUGCGCGCACCGCAACAAGGCGGGCGGGGCAGCAGCGGCGGCGGCGGCGGCGGAUGACCUCAGCAAGUCAGGCAAGGUGUUGACAGCGACUUCGGCGGCGGCGGCGGCGGCAGCGGCCGUGGACAAGAGUAAGAAGAGGAAGCAGCCGCUGGCGGAGCGGCCCCCCGACGUCUGUAGAGACCCGAUCACUCUCGACGACCUCGGCUCGUGGACGUGGGAUUUCCGUGCCAGCGAGGCCGCCACGCCGCCCGUUUCGUGCGGGGCAACUAAGUCGACGAAGCACGGAGGCGGCGGCGGUUGGAAAGGCAAGCGUUUCGGGGUGGGGGGCAAGGGGGGCCGUGGGUGUGGCGGCGGCGGGAGCGGGGGCGGCGGCGGCGGGAGCGGGAGCGGCGUCAACGGGAGCGGAAGCGGAAGCACUAGCAGCGCGGUGGUGACGUAUAACGUGGAGUCCCUGGUGCUGUACUUGCUGGAGUCGGGAGACUUUCAGGUGACCCUGCGGUUUGCUACGCACGGGCGCGUGCUCGUUUGGCUACAGUCGAACCUCGCUUAAGUUAACGAAAAUUAAGUUAACUCCCCCAGUAAAGUUAACAAUUUUUUUCGGAAACAUGGUGCCCCGCAGAAAGUAUUGCAUACAGGGGGGGUAAAAAUACAGUCCACGGACCCCCUCAAAACCAGCAGCAGCAGCAGUGCUCUCACUGCUCUGUAGACCGCCAAUAAGAGGUCUGCUGCUGCACCUGCUGUCUGUGGGUAUGGAGAGAUUCCUUCCAUCCAGCGGUGCAUCGUCUGCGCCUGGCAAAAAACGAUGCGAGGAGCCUACAUGCACGGUACCGGACUCCACGGACGAUGAAGAUGGUGGGGGUAGACCAGAGUCGUGCGUAACAUCUUCGAUGACAGAGGCCGAAGUUCGCGGUAGCCUAGAGAAGGUUUGCUCCUACUUGUACGCGAACGGAAAGGAUGGGGAGUACCGCGAGACCCAGUACCUGCUCUCGAAAGUUGUGCAUUCGUUCACUCACGAAACUCAAGUGAAGCGGCGAGCCAAGGAGGGGGGGGAGCUGCAGGCAACUCUGCGCGACAUGUGGAGGUCGUAGAGUGUGCGGUACAAACGACCAGAGCUGUGUUUGGGGUGGCCUAUGUAUGUCUUGAAUGCGUGGGACCGCAUGAGACUACUACACAGGAGUGGCUGUACAUUGCGAUCGACGAGAAAUGUGUGCGUGGGUUCAAGCGUUCCAACAUAGCAUCUUGGUUAUAGUGUUGUUUAGUAAAAUGGACAUAAAAAUAUGCUCCCUCUCACUUUUUUCAGUCUCCUCUCUCGUCAAACACGUAGUGGAGCCCAAUGCGCGUCUAUUGAGGUAUUCACCGCCUCUAUUGGCCCCGGGGAUGGUGAGUUGUGGUCCCCUGAAUUUUAAGUUAACUUCCUCGCCUUAAGUUAACUUUUUUUCGGGAAAAACCAUGUGUUAACUUAAGCGAGGUUCGACUGU